UCUUUUAUAUUAAAAAACAAGGAAACUAGUCUUUAUAGAAGAAUAGAAAUUUAAAAAAAAUGAUAGAUGCUUAUGGGAUAUACGUGUGAAAAUUCAUCAUGAUUUCUAUUCACUACAAACACACUCUUAUAGCCUUUUUCCAGAUUAUUCCCUCAAAAAUUCCUCUUAUAUUAGAAAUGGUAUGGAAUACUCCAACAUUUAAAAGUUUUCUCCAAAGUCGAAAAAUAGACUUUGAUUCUUUGAUUCAUUCUUAAGUUUGCAUAACGUUAUGAAGACCAUAUUUUGCAACUUUUUAGUGUAUAUGGCAGUAAUUUCACAUACAUGAACGUAAAGUAGGUAUAUUUUUUCGUGCGUAAUUUUUCUAGGUACGCCAACUUAGUUAAACAAGUAUCAUCUUAAUACGUUCGUUUAAGAAUUUUAAUAAGCCCUCUAGUGAAGAAUAAAGUUCAAAAACUCACUUACCUCGAAGGAAUUGUUCUUGGAGUUACACCUGGAACAAAGACAAGAAUUAGAAGAAGCAGUAGUGGUGUUACAAGUAAAAAACUAUGUUAUUCGCAUGCCUCAGGAACAUAUAAUUAACCCACAUUAGAAUUAAUUGGAAAAUACCUGGGCUUUCAACUAAAAGUAAUAGAAGCCACAAAUAGUUAUGUUAGAAACUACUGUCGAAUGAUCAUUCAUUAACAUGUUACUAAUUUAAGACAAUGAAAGUUUAAAAAAAAGGCACCACCGUAUAGCAUAAAGAUCGUCACACUACUUGCAAAAAGGGGAGUUGCAUAGUGUACAACGUGUCGGCAACUUUUAACACAUACGACGUUGGUAAGUCGGUUAAAUAAAGGCAAAGUUGCGCCUUUUUGUCACCAAUCGAACGAUCGAUGUCUAUAAAAUGAAAAUAUUCCGAAUAAGUUGAGAGGUAUUCGAAAAAAACCUUUUAGCGCAGUCCCGCAAUUAAAUUAAAAAAUUGUGGCCAUUUGCUCGUCCGUCCCUACGGCUGUGUCACUAUCACACCUUUAUCUUAAGAGCUUUUCGCUACUUGGUUCGCUAUGGUGCCGAGGAACAAAAAAAAUUAUUUUAUUUUAUAGCAGAUGUUAAAUUGACGUAGGCUAUAAGUAACUCUUUAACAAGAGGGGCAGUUAAAGUGAUUACUUUAACGGCAGGGGUAGAUAAAAUGGAACAAAUCAUUGUACAUUCCGAUGACAUGUCAUUCUUAUUAAAAACGGGACGCGGAUCACGAAAUCAACGACUAGAUAACCUACACUUGGUAUUUUGGAAGUCGAAAUUUAAUACCUACAGAAUUUUCAGAAGUUUUAUAAUGAUUUCUAUGGCUUCUCCCAUAAAAUAAAACCCAUUCAUUGUGUUAAUAAAUCCAUUUUAAUCAGGUCAAACAUUGAAUCUUUCUUAGUUUUGACGACCAUUUUGGACCAUAGAGGCCCAUAAUCUUGAUCUGACCCCAAUUUAAUUGAGGAAAUGGUUAAAUGUUAUGAUAGAGAAAAGUGGUUACUUGGGGCCAUUAUUUAUUAUGUGCAGGUGUUACAAAUGGCUUUUGUAUGCACAGAGUAAACUUUAAUAAUAAUAAUUUUUUUUGGUGCACUACAACUGCUCCACUUAACCCAUAUCCAAAUUAUUGACAUGGGAGAGGAUCCAAAUUUGUUGAAAUGUCUCAUCGUAAGUUAUUCCGGUCAAAAUAACUCAGUGGCUAACGUGCGGGUAAGUAAAAAUGUCCCAAAAUAUUCGGAAGCCUUUCAGUUUGUAAGCAGCCUCAGAUUCUGCAUCAAAAUGCGCAACUUGUGUUCUAUUUAACCGGAAAUUAAUAAUGAGAUAUCAAAGAUAAUUAGAGAAAAAAUUUAAACAAAACACCGUCAACUAGUGAUGCCGCCGAGCGAGACGAGAUGAGACUAACCACCAGGCUCGGCGAGACUCUCGUUUGGUUUCGAAGUCUUUUUUUUGUAUUUAUUUGUACUGUUUUUUUUUAAAUUUUAAUCUAGAAAAUCCAUUGAAGUAGCACGAAUUCCAAUUGUUUACAUAAACCGUUCCUGACCUUACUGAUUUAGGACUUAAUUGCCAUAGGUCUUAUACAAUAAUUGUAAUUUUUCUUAAAUCCAGGAAGCCUUCGACAGCUUUAUUUAAUUUUAUUGGCGGAUAAUUGAUUUAUUAAACUUGCCCUCAUCAAUAGCAGUUUACCUGCUUACUCAAAUAAUCGUAAUUGUCUAUGCUGGAAAAACAAAAUUUGAAUAUAAUACUUAAUAGGAUUUCGCGGAUUCCCUUUUAUAUUAAAAGCACUUAAUGCUCUCAUUAUAUUUUCACAAGUUUAUGGCAUUAAUGCCCAGUUUCUCCAAUGUAUCUUAAGCUCUACUUGAAUCUUAAGAUCGCCUUAAAUCUUAAGUCUAUCUUAAAACGUUGCACCAACGCAAAUCUGCAUCUUAUAUUCACAAAGGCAGCCUUACAUUUAAGUCGUGAAAAUCUGCGACUUAAGUCGGCAUUAUUGUUAGUGAAGUUGAAAAUGAGUGGCAUUUUGUCUUUCAAACGUCACUUUUCAAAAUGGAAUUGAUCGAUGUCGAUGAUGUCGAUGUGGUUGAUAUGGUAGACAUAGUAGAAAAUAUUCGAAUACCACGGCAAAUUCACAUUAGGAGAAAUUUAUUUAAUAUUUAUUCUAAUGUUGAAUUUUUUCGACGAUUUCGACUCGAAAAAGGGACUGCUUUAUAUUUAUUGGAGAAAAUAGAACAUAGACUAGAGUACUUCCAUAACAGGUAAGUACACAUCAUUCAUAGGUUUGUUUCACGUUUGUAUACUUACCUACAUAUAAUGCUUUUUGUGACUAUUGUAUAGUGCGAAUUCAAGGUGUACAAUAAUGUUUUUUGAAAUUCAGGAAUAAUUCCAUCAGUCCCAUGAAUCAACUUUUGCUAACGUUAAGAGCUUAUGCCAGUGCAGGGCAUUUUGUUGCUGUUGGAGACUUUGUGCAUGCAGACAAGUCAACAGGAAUUUAUAUACAUGCCUCGAAAUGAAGUUGAAAUUGCAAGUGCUCAGAAUAAAUUUUACGACAUUGCUGGUUUCCCUAGAGUCAUUGGGGCAAUAGAUGGAUGUCAUAUAAAAAUUCAAUCACAAGGUGGAGCUGAUGCUGAAAUAUAUCGAAACAGAAAGGGAUAUUUCUCUGUAAAUGUGCAAGCCGUUACAAGUGCUGACCUGUUAUUCCAAGAUAUCGUCGCACGUUGGCCAGGUUCGACGCACGAUACCACCAUUUUUAGAAAUUCACGAUUAAUGCAUAGAUUCAAUAAUGGAGACUUUGGAAAUAGUAUCUUGUUGGGAGAUAGCGGUUAUAUGAAUCUUUCAUAUCUAUUUACACCUUUUCUGAAUGUUCAGAACGAUGGUGAAAGAAACUACAACAGAAGUCACGUUCAAAGUAGAGUCAAGGUAGAAAAUCUAUUUGGUGUUUGGAAAAGAAGAUUUCCUAUAAUAGCGUAUGGAUGUAGAAUGAAGCUAGAAAAUGUACUUUGUGUUAUUGUGGCUACAGCAGUUUUGCACAAUUUGGCUCGUUUGAGGGGAGAACCAGAACCACCUAUUGAAAAUUUAAUUAUGGAACACGAGCUUCAGCAAGCAAUUCGAGAUGGAGAUAUUCCUUUAGCCGCCGAAGAAAAUGAUUUAGGCUAUGAUUAUAGAAGACAUUUAGUAGAUAUAUAUUUUUCUAGAUUGUAAUUUUCGUAUUUUGCAAGUUUAAAGAUAAAUUAUAUUACAUAUUAACAU